CCGAAAGCUAACAUUGUUAUGCUGCCCUCAGCGCCGAUAAUUAUAGACCUCCAUGCGAUCUCUUUCCAUUGGAUUUCUACGAAAGUGCGUAGAUAAGGAUGCAGAUAUUCGUGAAGACCCUGACGGGCAAGACUAUCACCCUUGAGGUGGAGCCUUCUGACACCAUAGAGAAUGUCAAGGCUAAGAUCCAGGAUAAAGAAGGUAUUCCUCCUGACCAGCAGCGUUUGAUCUUCGCUGGCAAGCAGCUUGAAGAUGGCCGCACCCUAUCAGACUACAACAUCCAGAAGGAAUCAACCCUCCAUCUUGUUCUCCGUCUACGUGGUGGUGUGAUUGAGCCCUCACUCCGUCUCUUGGCCCAGAAGUACAACUGUGAAAAACAGAUCUGCAGAAAAUGCUAUGCCCGCCUCCACCCUCGUGCAACCAACUGCCGCAAGAAGAAGUGUGGGCACUCCAAUGACCUGCGCCCCAAGAAGAAGCCAAAAUAAUUGACAGCAGUAGCAUCAACAGCAGCAGCAACAGCAACAACAGCCUAUCACCAUUUGUCCAGCAUAUCAACCCCAUCAUCAUUUGGAUCCACUCCUAAUUAUUGCCUAGAUUCAGUUAUCCUCAGUAACAUUUGAAUUCACAAGUUUGACUCUCUUCACAAUUUAUGGUCGAUACAGAAAUUUAUUAUCACCACAGAGCGUAUUGGACUCUUUAGUGCUUCAUGGAAAUGUUUCUUUGAUAUUUUGGAUAAAUGGUGUAAGCAA